UAGAGUGCAUGCACUGCAGUGGAGAAAACUACCGUGGAGUAGUUGCAACAACAGUGUCUGGGCUUGAGUGCCAGCGCUGGGACUCCCAGCAACCUCACUCUCAUGGAUACCUCCCGGAAAAUUUCCCAGAGAAGGAUCUGAAGAACAAUUAUUGUCGUAAUCCUGAUGGAGAACCUCGGCCCUGGUGUUUCACUACCAGUCCAACUAAACGCUGGGAAUAUUGUGACAUUCCUCGUUGCACAACACCCCCACCACCUCCUGCACCAGGACGUCAGUGUCUCUCAGGAAGAGGAGAAGACUAUCGAGGCACAGUAUCUGUUACUGAAUAUGGAAAUACCUGUCAGCACUGGAGUUCUCAAUCUCCCCACAGACACGCUCGCACUCCUGAAAACUAUCCCUGCCA